AUGAACAAACGGAAGAAAAAAAGGAACCGUGGUCAGUUACCAAAAACAAACAUGAGUGAAGAAAUAACCGUGACAAAAAGGGAAAGAACCAUAGCAUUAUUUGAUAGUGGUGCACGAUUAAGUUGUAUCUCGAAGAAGUUAGCCAAUCGAUUGAAAUUGGUAGAAAUUGAAAGUGAAAGGAUGACAGUCGCACGAUUUGGUGAUAGAAAUCCAAAGUCAUUAAAUGUUGCUAAAGUUCAACUUGAAAUAAAGACUGUAGAAGGAGAUAUUACGGUAUUAGUACUUGCAGUGAUAAACUAUCCAACAAGUUCGUUGCAAAUAGUUACGGUAAACGAGCAAGAGAUACCACAUAUUUGA